AUGAGCAUUGAUCCAAUUCCAAAUCUCCCAAAGACACAGCGAGCUUGGAGAGCUGUGAAGCGAGGCAAACCUUCCGAAUCUCUUGUUUUCCAGACAGACGUAGCUAUCCCUCCCCUUUCACCUGGGGAAGUGCUUGUAAAGGUUCAUGCGGCAGCACUUAAUCCGGUAGGAUGGAAGAUCAUGUCUACUACGCCCAAUAUCCUUGCCAAGAGACCAAUCACACCAGAACAUGAUUUCGCCGGCGUGGUCGUGAAUGCAAAUGGCACCGAGUUCUCUGCAGGAGAUGAGGUUAUCGGUUUUAUACCAGUUCCAUUGCAGUUGAAGACGGGGCAAGGGGCGCUGUCAGAGUACACAAAGCUUCCUGCUACUCAUUUAGUCUUGAAGCCACCCAAUGUCUCUGCGAUCGAGGCUUGCGGUCUUCCUGUAGCUGGGGAGACUGCCUUUCAGGCCCUAGUCAGCAUUGGAAAGCUUCAAGCUGGCCAGAGCGUGUUCGUCAAUGGUGGUAGUUCAGCAGUUGGCAUGAAUGCUAUUUAUAUUGCAAAGGCUCUUGGGGCGAAGGUUGUUACCAGUGCUUCGUCAAGAAAUGAACAAUUUUGUCGUAACGCAGGGGCAGAUGAAUUUCUCGAUUAUACAAGCAAGCCUCUUCAUGAGCAAUUGGUGGAAAAUCCUCCCUUACCUAAAUUUGACAUCAUCUUUGAUGCCGUUGCUUUGGUUGACCCCGCUCUUUACAAGCACUCGAAUGCCUAUAUGAAGCCAGAAGGCGUAUUCAUAUCGACCGGACCUUGGCCAGACCUGAAAUGGGGGGGAUCUACCGGCGUUUCAAAGUUACUUUCUCUGGGCUACGAAAUCAUGAGCCAUCGUACCUCUGCGGUGUUAAUGCAAACUUACAGCAUGGUAAGCGUAACUCACAAUCCACAAGAUCUUGCAAAACUGCGCGACUUGAUGGCAGAAGGCAAGCUCAAACUGGUGGUAGACUCCGUGUAUGGAUUCAAGGACGUUCUCAGUGCAUACGAGCGCAUCAUGACAUCACGAGCUACUGGCAAAGUUGUAGUCAAAGUAGAUGGCAGCUUGUGA